ACAGUCUCUGUUGUCUUUUGUCAUUUUACUCUUUUCAAUUUUCUUUACUCCACUUCACCAAACAGUUCCCCCUUCGCUCACUCCCUCACUCCCUCACUCUCCCACUUCCCAUUUUUAUUAUCUCUCUUUUAUCUGUACUAAAAUGUCUAAAGUUAGCUCAUUUUCUUCCUUUCUCCUACUACAAACCCAACAGAAACUUCUCUUCUUCUAGUCUUUGAAAACCUCUUCAAAAACCCUAAAAAAAUCACUGCCUUUUGAGCUCCUUUUUGGAACCCCAGAUCUGUAUUAUUCAUCUACAAGCUUAAAAGCUAUGACCCACUAAGAGAUUUUGCUCUUCUUUCUUUUCUAAUGUCGAGUUCUGACCCCAAAACCCGACCCAAACCUGUAACACGGCCUCCUGCUCCCGUUCCACCUUCAUCUUGGGCAAAGAGAACUGGGUUUAAGCCUAAAUUCUCCGGGGAAACAAAUGCAAGUGACUCCGGUCAAAUAGCUUUGCCUCCGAGGUCUAGAGAGAAUGAGAACCAACCUGAUCUUGAAGCGGGUCGGGCUCGGCCAGUACCACCGGUUGUGAAUGGGGAGCAGCCGGUGAGUGAGAAGGGUCCAGCAGAGAAGGAUCAGUCGGUGAAGAAGAGGAGGGAGGCGGAUGGGACGAAUAAAGGGAGCUCAGCUGCCGCUGCUAACGGACAUACAGUUAAUAAUGGGGCGGCGCCACAGCCGCAGCAGCCGACUAGGAGGCCUUCUAGGAAUGAGGAUGUGGUGGAUGUAUUGCCACAGAAUGUGGAUGAUGAAGGCUUCGUUGGAAGGCACUCACAUAUGAAAUAUGAGCUUAGAGAUACUCCUGGUCUUGUUCCUAUUGGUCUUUAUGGAUUCCAGCACUAUCUUUCUAUGUUGGGUUCAUUGAUUCUUAUUCCACUCGUAAUAGUCCCUGCAAUGGGUGGCACUUAUGAGGAUACUGCAAAUGUGGUGUCGACGGUGCUCUUUGUGUCUGGAGUGACCACACUAUUGCAUUCCUUCUUUGGGUCACGGUUGCCUCUGAUACAAGGUUCAUCAUUUGUUUUCCUGGCUCCUGCAUUAGCGAUAAUCAACUCUCCAGAGUUUCGAGGACUAAAUGGAAAUAACUUCAAGCAUAUUAUGAAGGAGUUGCAAGGUGCAAUUAUCAUAGCUUCAGCUUUUCAGGCGUUACUUGGUUAUAGUGGACUAAUGUCAUUAUUCUUGAGGUUAAUCAAUCCUGUAGUCGUUGCACCUACUGUUGCAGCUGUUGGACUUUCUUUUUAUAGUUAUGGUUUUCCACAAGUGGGGAACUGUCUUGAGAUUGGUGCUGUGCAGAUAUUGUUGGUUAUUAUUUUUUCUCUUUAUCUUCGUAAGAUAUCUGUUCUCGGCCAUCGCAUAUUUCUAAUAUAUGCGGUCCCAUUGGGCCUUGUAAUCACAUGGGCAGCUGCUUUUCUUCUCACUGAGGCAGGAGUCUAUAGCUAUAAAGGCUGUGAUACCAAUAUACCUUCCUCAAAUAUAGUAUCAGAGCAUUGCAGAAAGCAUGUUUCGAGGAUGAAGCAUUGUAGGGUUGAUACAUCACAUGCGUUCAAAUCUUCCCCAUGGUUUAGGUUUCCUUAUCCAUUACAAUGGGGAACUCCUGUCUUCCACUGGAAAAUGGCCAUUGUUAUGUGUGUGGUUUCAAUAAUUGCCUCAGUAGAUUCGGUUGGCUCAUACCAUGGGUCAUCAUUGCUGGUGUCAUCCAGACCUCCAACUCCCGGUGUUGUUAGCAGAGGAAUUGGUCUUGAAGGUCUAUCCAGUAUAUUAGCUGGUCUCUGGGGUACAGGAACAGGAUCUACAACGCUAACUGAAAAUGUGCAUACAAUUGCAGUAACUAAGAUGGGAAGCCGCAGGGCUGUUGAAUUGGGCGCAUGCGUUUUGAUAGUCUUAUCCCUUGUAGGUAAAGUUGGAGGUUUUAUUGCUUCAAUUCCUGAAGUCAUGGUUGCGGCUCUCCUGUGCUUCAUGUGGGCGAUGCUUGCAGCUUUAGGUUUGUCAAAUCUACGUUAUAGUGAGGCGGGAAGCUCUCGGAAUAUCAUAAUAGUUGGAUUAUCUUUAUUUUUCUCCCUCUCGAUACCAGCUUACUUUCAGCAGUAUGGCAUCUCUCCGAAUUCCAACUUGUCCGUUCCAAGUUAUUUUCAACCAUAUAUUGUGACAUCACAUGGGCCUUUCCGCACUAAAUAUGAAGGGGUAAAUUACAUUAUGAACACAUUGCUAUCAUUACACAUGGUAAUAGCUUUCAUUGUGGCUGUUAUACUCGACAACACUGUACCUGGAAGCAGGCAAGAACGUGGGGUUUACGUAUGGUCUGAGUCUGAGGCUGCAAGAAGGGAACCAGCAGUCGUCAAAGAUUACGAGUUGCCUUUCCGGGUCGGUCGGAUCUUCAGAUGGGUAAAAUGGGUUGGUCUUUGACAAUUCUUUUUUGCAGAGGAUAAUCACAUGGUCCAAGUUCGUCAAUAUCAUGGGGAUGACUACUCAUAUCGGUAAAUAGAUGUCUGAACUGUUCUUUUUUUUUUUUCCUCACACGAUGGAACUGUGUUUUUUGGGGGGCUAAUAGAGAUUCAAGUUAUUUUGUGUACAUUGAAAGAUCCAGAGGGAUCCAGUUGUGUUGUAAUCUUAGAAUUAUUAAAAAAAAUGAAAACAAAAACAUUGUAUCUUGGUUUUGUUCGAGUCACCGAAAUUGUCUUGUUGGACAUUUUCACUUUUGUUUUGAUCCUUUUUUUUUUUUGUAUAUUUUUAUUCCCAUUAUUAUUUGAUAGCUACUUUCUAGA